AUGGAGAGUGAAAUGAAAGAAGCAGGGGAUAAGUAUAGAUCUUUUUUGCAUGAUGAAGCCAAAAAUAUAGAGUGGAGACACGGUGGCCCUCCCAUUUACGACGCCGUUAACAAGCUUUUCGAGGAAGGCCGCACCAAGGAAUGGCCAAAAGGAUCAUUGGAAGAGGUGGUUCAAAAUGCUAUCAAGUCAUGGGAGAUGGAAUUCUCUCACAAAACUAACAUAAAAGAUUUCAAGACUAUAAAUCCUGAUAAAUUUAAGCUCAUCGUCAACGGAAGAGAGUGGCUCUCCGGUGAAGAGACGCUGAAGUUAGGAAGCUACAACGCGUUGUUGAAGAGCUCGUUGCCGGAGGAAUUCAAAUAUUACAAAGCCGAAGAAGAAAGCUUUGAGUCGUCUCACGACGUAUUCCGGGCUGCACUUCCACGCGGAUUUGCGUGGGAAGUGGUGGCCGUUUACUCAGGGCCGCCGCUCAUCGCCUUUAAAUUCCGGCAUUGGGGUUUCUUUGAAGGCCCCUUCAAAGGCCAUGCCCCCACUGGGGAGAUGGUGCAGUUCUACGGAGUAGGAAUUCUCAAAGUGGAUGAUUCUUUGAGGGCUGAGGGUGUGGAGAUAUACUAUGAUCCAGCUGAGCUUUUUGGUGGACUUCUAAAACAACCUAUUGUUUCCAAAUCCGACCAACCUCAAAACUGCCCAUUUCAACACCACAAAACCACUUAAAUUUACCUUUUAAAUUUCACCUAUGUAAGUUUUUAUAUAUAUUGUCGUAUUUUGCAUUUCUCUUGAUAAUCAAUUCGGAUUAAUUUGAACUUAUGUAUAUGUAUUAUGUGUUCCUAUUUACUUCUGUUUUCUUAUGCUA